CGAGGUCACCAUCGUCAAAAACAUACUUGUCAUUUGCUAAGACGGAUUCGAAUAACCCAAUCCACUAAAAUACUUCGUGGUACUCUCAAUCCAACCCUCACAAUGGCGAAAAGUUCCCGCUCAAGCACCCGCAAGGCGAACAACCAACGCCUGAAGUCUAAAGUCUUCGGCCCCGUCGAAGCAGCAAGAGCCGAGCGCCUCUCUGCUAAGCUCCUCGAGUUAGCCGCGCAACCCAAACCCCCGAAGCCCGAAAGCGACGACAUUAAGAUUGUGGACGCUGGAGAGGAAGAGGUGAAGAUAGGCGAGGACGCCGCAGCGGUCAAUGUCAAUGAUAAUGCCAUGGAUAUCGACAGCGUGAAGCCCGCGCCAGCUAAGCGAAGCGAUAAGAAGCGCAUUGAGAAGCGGAGAACCAGGAGCAAGAUUGUCUUCCCCAAGUACGGCGACAAGAUGAAGACAAAGAAGCGCUAAUUAUAAGGGGUGACGAAAAGUAGAGGGUCGGAAAACUGCAUCGCUUGGCGUUUGGUUG